AUGCCCGCAGAGUACUCCACGGCUACAGUUACAGGUACAGGCAACGCUUCGACAGCCGCCGGCAGCGGCCUUCUACAGGAAGUGCACUUUUUAUCCGCAUGUUUGCUGCACUGGUACGCAGGGCAUGGCAUUUACACUGCCACUUCACCAAUAAUCUACGAUUUCAUUCCAACAAACAAGAAGGAAAUUAAGAAACCGAAAGCGAAGAUGUAUGACGCUGCUUUGAUUUUUGUCGCUCGAACAAGAGAUGCAAUUGAACAGAUAUUGAAAUGGCUUGUUCUCUGCGCGCUCGAAGAAAGGUGCAUGGCGGGCACCGGUAAUGAGUCUCUUCCUUGCAGAUUCGGAAACCGUUUCUCGGAUGAACCAAGGUGCCAUAGGUUCGACCAAUCUGUGGUGAAUCUUCUAGCUGCCAAUGCUUUUUGGUAUGAUAGACACUAUUAUGAAAUCUCGGACAACUGUAAAUGCGUCGACACGGAUGGAAGUAAUUAUGACUUUUGUUAUCACUUACCUGAAAAUAGGAGUGUUCAUGGUAGAAGAUUCUCCUGCCAAUAUCUACCAGCACUCAAAAAAUUAGGAUUACUAGACACUUCUGGAUUAUCUUUGAUUUGGAAACAAUCUGCUCCAGUAUUUGUCACCGCAUUCUCAAACAAUCAUCAACAUGAGGCUCUAAAUCUUGUUAAAAGUGUUGCAAAAUACUUUUUGGACCAACGCAUGAUAAUAUACGAUCUGGGGAAUGUCGAUUCUAACCAGUUUAAGGAAUGGAAAUUUCUUGAGUUUCGUAAAUUCAACUUUGAAGAUUAUCCCGGAUAUGUUGCGUCACUAACCGAGUUUAGAUGGAAGCCAUUAGUCAUAGCGGAAACUCUUCUUGAAUUUGGUGCUAUAUGGUACAUGGAUAGCUCUGUAGUUUUCAAAAAGAGUGAUCUCAAUCACGUCUAUGAGCUUGUGAAAUGUAGAGAGAUCGUCAAAGAACGACCUCCUUUGCUGUCGUCAGAAGAAAGGGACGAGCGCGAGAACCGAACAGCACAUGAAAGCGGCUGGGAAAUUUCGCAGUGGCGAGCGAAUCUUGCUGAAUGCAGGAAGAUUAACCAACAAUUUUUAAAAGGCAGCAUAUCUGUUCCACGGUUACACGGGACAUGGCAUCUAUACUGCCACUUCUCCAGGUUAGUGAUUGAGAUGACAAUUACUCUUAUGGUAUCACUAAGCACUGGUGAUGAGUCAUUAUUCUGCAAUUUCAAGGAUCGUUUCUCGGAUGAACCAACGUGCCAUAGGUUUGACCAAUCCGUGGUAAAUCUUCUAGCGGCUAAUGCUUUCUGGUAUGACAGACACUACUAUGUAAGUGAGAUCGUCGACUUCUUCAACAUCAUGAAAGGAGGAUGA